UGUGUGUGUGUGUGCGCGCCUGUGGCCUGUGGAUCAUGGGAAAGUCCCCGGGUCCAUGACGUAACGGCCGGGCGAGCGCUUGCAAACCCCGCGGACUGAUCCCGUCUCGCGUGAUCCGGUCGCGGGCACUGGGAGUUGCGAGAAGUAGCGGAUUUAAAAACUUUCUGUCCGCUUUGGCUUUUCCGCCGAAUAUCGCGCUCGAACCAGAGUCUCGUGUCUUUCCCGCGGAGAGAAGGGGAGAGAAAGAUGGCUUUUUAAAAACCCGCCGCCGUCUCGCCUCAAAGCUCCGCGUGCUUUGCUCGACGCGACGCACUCCUUCGCAGCAGACCACUCCGACACUAUGGGGUCUCCCGCCGCUCGUUCCCCCACCCAGUGCACGGUCUGUGCUCUUGAACAGUUCGAUCGAAGCAGACGACACAAUGGCGGCAUCGAUCCUUCGCAGGAAAAUUCCUCCCAUUUCCACAGGCGAGCUCGGCGCUCCCCUUCUCCGACAGGCUAGCCACGACCAAUCACGAACGAGGACGGGGGCGGAGCCUGUGGAGAGGCAGCGCUUAAUUGGUGAUGGUCACUCAGAUUGGAUGACGGAAAAAGUUGAUUUGUCUUCAUUUGUGUCGACGAACGAGUCCUCUCCGAGCUCUUCCCUUCCACCCUCGCCGUUAGAACAAGAUGUCAAGGUGCCCUCGGAUCUGGAGGUCAUGACCUCCCUGCUGCAGGAGGAGCUGGCUCAGCUGGAGGACUACUUCCGCUCCGAGUCCACGUCCACGACGAGCAAGUUGGAGAAAUCCUCAAAAUGUGACAAGGGUGCUCAAGCCAUGGGCUCCCAGUCUUAUUAUCAGUUACCCUAUGGGUCGUAUGGGUCCGGUCAAUCAGAAGCGAACCCCGUGGUUGUCACCUUGGCAACGGGGGAGCUGGACCUGGCCAGCUUCUGCGGCGGUCCCAUCGGGAGAACCAAAAUCGCCCGACCCGCUCCGUACAACUACCACCACCGCUACCACCAAAACAACGGGCGGCGAAUCAUCAGCGAGGCUGUGAAAGUCGGGGAGGACGUCGGACUUGAUACAUGGGGCUCCAGGGGGGGCUACUCAGGAAGCACGGAGUUGUCCGUGAACCACUACUCCACACUGAAGACGGUGAGCAAGAACAGCCUGGGCGGCGUGAAGAAGGUGAGAGAAUGUGCGUUAUCGUUGAAGGAGGAGGAGAGCUACUGUUUCUCCGAAGGAAUGUUUUGCAGCGAAGAGAUUGCGCGAGGUUUUUGUCUGGGCGGCUCGUACGAGAGCCACCACAAGCGGGAGGGACAGCUGAUGCACAACGUGAAGGUCAAUGUAAGUUACGACAGCACGGGGCUCGACGUUUUGCACUGCGGCAAAGACGGGGGACUUUCCGGAAGUGUCCCCCAAGAGACAAUGGUGGCCGGCGACGGCUACUUCCACCAGUCCAUGGGCAGCACAGAGCCUUACCAUAGCUUUAUAGGUGACCUCGAUCAGCCGUCACAAGCACAGGCUGUAGAGCCCCAACAUGGCCACUACCUCUAUCCAGAAUGCCUUGCAGACCAAAGCUACGAAUGUCUGUCCAGGGGGGAGGGCGAGGGGCCGCUGAUGGGCGCCCCCAUCCACCGCCCCACCCAGAGGCUAAAGGAUGAGCACUGCUCCCUCAAACCGUCUCUGGUGAUGGGCGCCGCUUCUCUGGACUCAGGCACUGGAGAGAGGAAGCAGAAGAAGAGGGACCAGAACAAAACUGCUGCUCACAGGUACAGGCUGCGUAAGAGGGCGGAGCUGGACUCUCUGGAGGAGGAGCUGCACGGCCUCGAGGGCCAGAACCGGGAGCUGCGCGACAAGGCGGAGUCGGUGGAGCGAGAAAUCCAGUACGUCAAAGAUCUACUGAUCGAGGUCUACAAGGCGCGCAGUCAGCGGCUCAAACAGGACGGCAGUGCCUAAAAACGCCCCCACCCCCACCCCACCCCCCCCACGAAAUGUCCCAGCCAGCAAGAGGAAAAAGACGAAGUCGAGAGCACCAACUGAUUUUUGUCUCAUGAAAAACGACAUGGUAGUUGCAUGAUUUUCAUAGUUCUUUUCUAAAGAAAAAAAAGAAGCACAUUGUAUGAUUGUUCCCGAGAGGACGGCGACGCGCCGAAAACGAACCCUGUCUCUCCCAAAAAAACAAAAGGACGGAGAGGUUUCCAGAUGGGUGACUGAAACUAUUAAAAAGCCUUAGUGAGGCGGCUUCUUUCCAGAGGAGAUGCUGAACUUGUCCGUGACCACUGUGAUCCGAACUGCACUCACAGCCUUGCGACGACUGAGUCUAUGCGCUUGCAAACGAUGGAGCGUUUACAAAAACGCUCUUCGAACUAGUACUGAUUGAAUUUGCUUGUGUUUUUUCUUUUUUCUUCCUUUUUUCGUGACACUCAUCGGAAGCGUCGAGGCCAGAUCCAUGCUAAAUAUAUAUUUUAUUUGACAUUUUAUUUUGUACUUAUUCAAUGUCCAUUUGCCGUUUGCUUAAAACAAUCAAGCGAAUGAAAGGGAUUGAUGGAUUUAUGUUUGAAAAAAAAAAAAAGUUUGUCACACGCUCUACAAAUAUUCAUUAUCAGAAACAUUUAGAAAUUUGUAUUGCUGAAAUGUUGCGUAUUUACACUUCUUGAACCCCCGCCCCCCCCCCCCCCAACUGAAAUACCCAAAUGCAUGUUUGAUUUUGGAAAAGCAUGUGCGAGUGUUAUUUGAAGGCAAUAUUCUGUUAACUGCAUGGCUUCGAGAUCUCCACCGCGUCAGUCCAACUGAGUUGACUUUCCCCUCCUCCUCCUCCUCCUCCUCUUCCUCCUCCUCCUCCUCCUCUCCAGUGUGGCUCAUGCUCAGGUUUUGCUUUUCAGCUCUGAGAAACACAGAGACAUUCACUGGCUUCACCCUCCCUGUGCCCCCCCCCUCCCCUUCCUCUUCUCUCUCGGCUGUAUCUUGCGAACAAACAAUCACCUGUUGUUCAACGCAACAAUAAACCAUUGUUGGGUAAUGGUACGACUACAUGGGAAAUUCUUCUUUGUCGAUCGCUCAAUUUGAUGCAUCUGAAAUUCAGGUUCCUUUUUUCUUUUUUUUCAUAGUCAAUGUCCGUGUCAGGAAAUGAUGCAUCAGGUAAAUUGCAGCCAAAUAAAACAAAAAAAAAAAGCAAGUUUUCCGUAGCAUCCUUCAUCUCUGCCUCCUUGGACUGUUUUUCACUUGCACAUGCCGGUCGUCACGCAUUCAAUCGCGUUGCCGUUGAAGCACACGAACUGCGCCCCCGGGGCGGCACACACACACACACACACUGAAUAAGAAGAUGGUGGGAUUAAGAGAUGGAGAGAGGUGCAGAAUAAACCCCACUCUGCCCCUCCUCUCCUUUUUUAUUCCGCUCGGCCCGAUAAUUGAUGCUUCCAGCUCUGUCUCUUGCUUUUUUUCCCCCCUUUUUUUUCCUCCUUUCUUUUUCUUUUUGGCUGCAGUGCAGUCAGAAGUCCAGGUGAUUUUUCCCAUGAUCCACCACCGGACGGCGGCACAUCGAGGCGGGCACAGCCUGCCCCCCGCUUUAAGAUUUAGCAGCCGGGAGUGUUUUUUAACAGCCGCACAAUGACGGGAGUGAUAUCAAGCUCCGGCAGUCAACAGACAACAUUGAAUUGCCUAUCUCAUCUCCCAGUCCGCGGAGGGUGUGCGAAAGCGCGCGUGUGUGUGUGUGCGAGCGCGUGUGUGCGAAAUCUCUUGGUAUCUCUCCUAGCAGUCGUAGGCCUUUCAAGUGCAUGAGGCAAUAUCACACAAUCCUUGCGCGAGGAGGAGAGAGAGAUACAAGUGAACUAUCAGAAUAAGAAAGUAGUGGGGUUGACAGAGAAUGCCAUUAAAUCUGUCCAUUCAGUUUUCUCUCCGUCUGUUUGUCUGAUGCACAUGACAUGUAAAAAAACAAAACAACCAACAACAACAGACUGUACUGCUGAUACGUGUGUCAUUUAACUUGUUUUCUUGAGUUUGCAUUGUGUUCAAUAAAGAUCUUCACUAUAA